AGCGGCGGGUUGACGCAGGUCGGCGCAGUCGCGGCGCGGACAGCGGACGCGGCCCAGCGCGCAACCGGCACACGCAGGACAAUGAGGUCUUCGGCUGUGUGGUUCCUGGCCGUCGCCGGCCUGUGUGUCGUCUUCUGCCCGUCUCUAGUUUCGGGAAAUGUGGGCGACCGCGGUCGGGUGGUCUGCUACUUCAGCAACUGGGCCAUCUACCGGCCCGGCAUCGGCCGCUACGGCAUCGACGACGUCCCGGCCAGCAUGUGCACCCACCUCGUCUACUCCUUCAUCGGCGUCAGCAACGUCACCUGGGGCGUGCUCGUCAUUGACCCGGAGAACGACGUGGAGAACCACGGCUUCGCCAACUUCACGGCGCUGAAGAGCAAGUAUCCAGGGCUGAAGACGCAGCUGGCUAUCGGCGGCUGGGCCGAGGGCGGGCGCAAGUACUCGGCCAUGGCCGCCGUGCCGGCCCGCAGGCGCAGCCUCAUCGCCAGCGUCGUCGAGUACAUGAAGCGCUACGGCUUCGACGGCUUCGACCUGGACUGGGAGUACCCCGGCGCGGCGGACCGCGGCGGCAGCUUCUCGGACAAGAACCACUUCAAGUGCUUCGUGCAGGAGCUGCGCGAGGCGUUCGACGCGGAGGGCAAGGGCUGGGAGAUCACCAUGGCCGUGCCGCUCGCCAAGUUCCGCCUGCAGGAGGGCUACCACGUGCCCGAGCUCUGCGAGCUGGUGGACGCGAUCCACGUGAUGUCGUACGACCUGCGAGGCAACUGGGCCGGCUUCGCCGACACCCACUCGCCGCUCUACAAGCGACCCCACGACCAGUGGGCCUACGAGAAGCUCAACGUCCACGACGGGCUGAAGCUGUGGCAGGACAUGGGCUGCCCCGCACACAAGUUGGUGGUGGGCGUGCCCUUCUACGGUCGCAGCUUCACGCUCAGCGCGGGCAACAAGGACUACAAGCUCGGCACGUACAUCAACAAGGAGGCCGGCGGCGGCAAGCCGGGCAACUACACGCAGGCCAAGGGCUUCCUCGCCUACUACGAGAUAUGUCUCGAGAUCCAAGAAGUGGGUGGAUGGACGGAGAAAUGGGAUGAAGCGGGGAAAGUUCCAUACGCAUACAAAGGUACUCAGUGGGUGGGCUUCGAGAAUCCAAAGAGUGUACAGAUCAAGAUGGACUUCAUCAAGGCGAAGGGCUACGGUGGCGCCAUGACGUGGGCUAUCGAUAUGGACGACUUCCGUGGAGUAUGUGGCCCAAAGGACGCCCUCAUCUCCGUCAUGUACAACAACAUGAAGGACUACAUCGUGCCGGACAUUCAGUACUCCACCACCAAGAGGCCCGACUGGGACCGGCCGCCCCCCUGCGACGGCAAGAAGCCCGGUGCCGCCCCCGCUAGCACCACGACGCGCCGCCCGACCGCCGCCUCCACGCAGAGCACCACACGCCGACCCGCGCCGACCACCACCGCCGCCCCCUCCUCCUCGAGCAGCACGACCACGACGAGGAGAACCACUACCGCCUCCCGACCGUCCACGCAGCCGCCUCCGGCUGCCCCCGACGACAAUGAGCUGCCGCCGGCCGCCAUCGACUGCAGCGACGGCGACUUCGUGCCGCACCACGACUGCAGCAAGUACUACCGGUGCGUGUACGGGAAGCCGGUGGAGUUCAGCUGCUACGAGGGCACCGUCUGGAACCCGCAGCUGCGCGUCUGCGACCGGCCCAACGAUGUCCACCGGACAGACUGCUCCAUGGCCAAACUGCACUCCUAGUUCAAAAGCACCUGUCACAGCUUCACCUCUAACUUAUUACUCCCUAGUUUCUGUAUCACAUCCAAACCACUCUCAAAUAAACCAUUUCUUUUUCAAA